GACACAGCAGGACAGGAGAGGUUCAGGACCCUGACGCCCAGCUACUACCGUGGUGCACAGGGAAUCAUACUGGGUGAGUGUUUUGUUUAUCUCACGGCCAAUGGGGGUCUACAUCAACUCUCUGGCCGUAUGUACCAAGCCUCUCAAAGUAGGAGUGCUGAUCUAGGAUCAGGUUCCUCCUGUCCAUAGAAUCUUAUUCAUGGUGAUCUAAAUGACAAAACCGAUCAUCGUAGAUCCAGCACUCCUACUCGAAAUGAGUUGCCAAAUAAGUCAACAUGGCCUCAGUUGGAAAUUGUACUCCAUACAAGCCACAUUCUCAAAUCUGGACCUCUAGUACUGUGGACCGCCAUACUUUGAUUCGAGUACCCCCCUGCUAUAACACAUCUUAGUUGUAGAUAUGGAUGAGGUACAGAUACACAGUUAACCUCCUCUAUUUUGAUGUUAGUGUACGAUGUCACUAAACGGGUCACGUUCACGAAGCUGGAGAACUGGCUGAACGAACUGGAGACAUACUGCACACGGAACGACCUCGUCAAAAUGCUGGUCGGGAACAAGAUUGAUAAGGAGGUGGGUGUCCCAGUGCAUCAUGUAUCAAGAUACUUUGUGAAGAGGUUUUCGGAAGAUGAUCACAUCAUUCAGUAAUGUUUUGUGUUGCUCAAAUUAUAGCUGAUGGUAUUAAACGUUCCACAUACUAAGAUAAUAGAUGGUUUUAUUCUGUUGUCAGACAGGCUAACACCUGUUAUGUGAACCCAUUGUUGUUAAAUUUGACAAUUCUGUUUUUGUUUCAGGAAAACCGUGAAGUUGACAGAAACGAAGGCCUUAAAUUCGCAAGGAAACACUCCAUGCUUUUUAUUGGUAAGUUCUUCAUCUUAGUGAUAUAGCUGGGCAUCUAUGAGUAAAGGAACCAGGAUACUGAAAUUUCAAACAAAGUGAUCCAGGGACUAUGUUAAAGGCCUACUUCUUCAGUAAAAAUAUAUACAGUGCAUUCGGAAAGUAUUCAGACCCCUUCCCCUUUUCCACAUUUUGUUACGUUACAGCAUUAUUUAAAACAUUUUUUAGAAAAAUCCUCAUCAAUCUACACACAAUACCCCAUAAUUACGAAGUGAAAAUAGGUUUUUAUACAUUUUUGCAAAUGUAUUAAAAAAAAAGAAACAGAUGCCUUAUUUACAUAAGUAUUCAGACCCUUUGCUAUGAGACUUGAAAUUGCGCUCAGGUGCAUCCUGUUUCCAUUGAUCAUCCUUGAGAUGUUUCUACAACUUGAUUGGAGUCCACCUGUGGUAAAUUCAAUUGAUUGGACAAGAUUUGGAAAGGCACACACCUGUCUAUAUAAGGUCCCACAGUUGACAGUGCAUGUCAGAGCAAAAACCAAGUCAUGAGGUCGAAGGAAUUGUCCGUAGAGCUCCGAGACAGGAUUGUGUCAAGGCACAGAUCUGGGGAAGGGUACCAAAAAAAUUCUGCAGCAUUGAAGGUCCCCAAGAACACAGUGGCCUCCAUCAUUCUUAAAUGGAAGAAGUUUGGAACCAACAAACUCUUCCAAGAGCUGGCCGCCCGGCCAAACUGAGCAAUCGGGGGAGAAGGGCCUUGGUCAGGCAGGUGACCAAGAACCCGAUGGCCACUCUGACAGAGCUCCAGUUCCUCUGUGGCGAUGGGAGAACCUUCCAGAAGGACAACCAUCUCUGCAGCACUCCACCAAUCAGGCCUUUAUGGUAGAGUGGCAAGACGGAAGGCACUCCACAGUAAAAGGCACAUUACAGCCCGCUUGGAGUUUGCCAAAAGGCACCUAAAGGACUCUGAUCAUGAGAAACAAGAUUCUCUGGUCUGAUGAAACCAAGAUUGAACUCUUUGGCCUGAAUGCCAAGUGUCACGUCUGGAGGAAACCUGGCCCUAUCCCUACGGUGAACCAUGGUGGUGGCAGCAUCAUGCUGUGGGGAUGUUUUUCAGCGGCAGGGACUGGGAGACUAGUCAGGAUUGAGGGAAAGAUCAACGGAGCAAAUUACAGAUAGAUCCUUGAUGAAAACCUGCUCCAGAGCGCUCAGGACCUCAGACUGGGGCGAAGGGUCACCUUCCAACAGGACAACGACCCUAAGCACACAGCCAAAACAACGCAGGAGUGGCUUCGGGACAAGUCUCUGAAUAUCCUUGAGUGGCCCAGCUAGAGCCCGGACUUGAACUCGAUCGAACAUCUCUGGAGAGACGUGAAAAUAGCUGUGCAGCGACGCUCCCCCUCCAACCUGUCAGAGCUUGAGAGGAUCUGCAGAGAAGAAUGGGAGAAACUCCACAAAAUACAGGUGUGCCAAGCUUGUAGUGUCAUACCCAAGAAGACUUGUGGCUGUAAUCACUGCUAAAGGUGCUUCACAAAGUACUGAGUAAAGGGUCUGAAUACUUAUGUAAAUGUGAUAUUUCUGGUUUUUAUAUUUUUUGCUUUGUCAUUAUGGGGUAUUGUGUGUAAAUUGAGGGGGAAAAAACAAUUUAAUCCAUUUUAGAAUAAGGCUGUAACAUAACAAAAUGUGGAGAAAGUCAAGGGGUCUGAAUACUUUCCAAAUGCAUUGUACAUAAAGAUUUUAAUUUAAUCAAGAAACAGUAAGACUUUCUGCAGACGGGCAUACAUCAGUGUGCAGACUCAUUCAUUUUUGCACAGAUGCCACCCUGUUACUCUACUUUGACUUUUGUAAUCUCCACUGUCAGAACCCCACUAAAGGAUGCAGCCCUUCCAGGAGAAUUGCAUUACGAUCGCAAAUCUGUGGUCGAUCAACUAUCAAUCCCAUGUCUACAUUCAUUUAUAUUUCCUAGCUCUGGUCACCUCCUUUUUUGGAAUUAGGUUAUAACAUUUCUGAAGAAUGACUAAAUUAAGGGUUUUGGAAAAAGGUGUAUGGAAAAGAGGCCUUUCUUAGAUGUGCCGUGUAGGCUACACAUAUUUUCUGAACGCUGAAUGUGUAUGGCUUACGUUGGCCUGCAUUUUUGUCUACACAACUCAAUCUAAAUUACCCAUAUCAAGAUCAACAUUCUCAGAAAACCAACAGACUAAAAAAAUAUCCCUUUAGACAUCACUCUGGGAGAAAAAAAUCCAUCCCAGUCCGAUGUCAUUAUGCUUGUCAUGCAAAGAUCUUGUUGCGUCAAUAUCUCGGUGAUGUGCGUUCAUAAAUAUUUCUCAAAAAUGAAAAAAAAAUGAAAUAAUGCAUUUUUGCUCCCAUUUAUUUGAAACAAACCAGAAAUUGUUUAGUGAGUUUGUGUUGGUGCAUCCCCUUACAUUGAUACCAUACUAAUGUGCCCUCCCACCCUGGCAGAGGCCAGUGCUAAAACGCGGGACGGUGUCCAGUGUGCCUUCGAGGAGCUGGUGGAGAAGAUCCUCCAGACCCCAGGGCUUUGGGAAAGCGACACCCAGCCUCGGGGUGUCCAAAUGGGGGACCAGCAGCAGCGCAGGCUGGGGGGCUGUGGAGGAUACUGCUCCAUUCCAUAA